ACCAAAAACGAAGAGACAAGAGAGCAGAGUACCGAUGAGAAUGAGAGAAAAACAAGGCCACGCCAUAUUGAAUCAGUUGUUAAUUUUUGCGUGCUGUGUUAUUUUUUCAAUAAUCAUUUUGUGUUAAUUACUAGUGCUAAUUAUUUGUGAUAGUGACGAUCGGUUUUCAUCGAUGAUGCUUUUUGAAACUAAAUAUUUGUGUGAAAUGGAGUACGUUUGGAUAAAUACUACAAUCAACACCUUGUCGGUACUUUUGUAAUCGAUUUGUCAGCCAGUUAACAAAUUGGGAACGUCCUUGAUUGACCCCCCAGGAACAUUGAUCGCUCUGAUACAGAUCGCUAGAUCGUUCUGACAGAAUGUCUCUCUAUUAUCUGAUAUCGACGUAGGACAAGAAUUGGAAUCACUGUGGGUGAAGCAGUUGCUUGUCUAUUGUCAUGGAAAAGAUGGAAGUCGAUCAGGAAGUUGUCGAUCUCAGUGCCAGCAGCAGUAGACGAGAGCUUGGGCCGCCGACGGGACCGGCGCCACGGGCUGCCAUGGAGGCGCAGGGGGGGAGCGAGCGAUGGCAGUCUCGCCGCAGCCUGCGUCCGCGCACCGAACUGCGCAGCUAUGCCGAGAGCCCCGAUGUGGUGGUGGUCUCCGACGACGAGCCACGAUUCACCAACGGCUUCACCAACGGCAGCUGCAGUCAGGACAGCGACAGCGAUGACGGACAAAUGCCGCCUCUGCCGCCCAUCAAGGAGCUGAGCCCGGCAGAGGUGCUGGAACGGGAGAAGGUGGUGCGACGGGCGCAGGAGGAGCUACGCAACGAGGAGAUGAAGCUGGUUUUGCUGAAGAAGCUGCGGCAGUCGCAGCAGAUGAAGGAGAACAUUGCCGUUGUCCCACCCAACGCUAACGCCAAUGCCAACGCACAAGGUACAGGCGUGCAGCAGCAACAACAACAGCAGCAGCAGCAUUUGCAGACAGGCGGCAAACUGGGUCCGUCGGCAGCCGGCGGUGGGACAGGGCAGCCACCUCCACCGCCCCCACCCCCACUACUCAGGGCAUCGGCAGGCGGUGGCAAGGGGAGCAGUGGGGGUGGGCCGCCGCACCUCAUGCGCCAUCACCCGUCUCCGCAUCAGCCGCCACCGCCCCUCAUCAUGCCGCAGGCGGCAGCGCGUAGUCUUGCCCCCGGCAUGCCACCCAACAUGCACCCCACCACGCCCAACAUGCCCAGAGGUGGCAGUGGUGUGAUGGGCGGUCGUGGUAUGUCGCAGAACGUGGUGAUGGGUGGCUACCCUGGGUCGACCACACCCAACUCCCAGGAGAAGUCCAGAGAUGCCCGCCAUUCGCCAGCGCCCACGCACUCGCCUGCUCAACAGGAGCGUGAUCGAGGCGUGCGCAUGGAAGAAACGCAGACGCCCGCCCAACGGCAGGCAGCCGCCAAGCUGGCUCUGCGCAAACAGCUUGAGAAAACGCUGUUGCAAAUUCCGCCGCCGAAGCCACCGCCGCCCGAGAUGCACUUCAUCCCGAACCCGUCCAACACGGAGUUCAUCUACCUGCUCGGGUUGGAGCACAUUGUCGACUACAUCACCAAGGAGCAUAAGUCGCCGCCCCCGCCCGAGCCAUUCCGCUGCUCGCAGUGCACCACCAACUUCACGCCCGUCUGGAAGUGGGAGAAGACCUCGUCCAAAGGUAAAGAGCCGAAGGUGAUCUGCGAACAGUGCGUGACAACCAACGUGAAGAAGUCGCUGAAGGCCGAGCACACGAACCGACUGAAGACGGCAUUCGUGAAGGCGCUGCAGCAAGAGCAGGAGAUCGAACAGCGGUUAGCUCAGGCAUCGCCACCCCAGCCACAGCCGCCUCCGCCGCCGCCUCCGCAACAGCAGCAGCAGCAGGAUGUGGGGGCAGCAGUGCAGCUGAUAGCUGCGCCGCCGCCCCCUCCUCCUCCCAAACCGCCCACGCCGGCCUCCCGCCACGCCACACCUACGCCUCCGCCCCCGCACACGCCGCCCGCCGGCAAGCCGGACAGCAGCCGCGCAGCGGACAGCAAAGCGGCAGCGGCGGCCGUGGCGGCCCAGGCGCAGGCGCAGUUUGCGCUGCACCAGCAGCUGUUGCGUGGAUUGGCGCCACACCAGCCGUCACCGCUGCCGGCACACAUGCUGCCGUUUUCGCCACUGCUCUACCCCUACCAGCUGGCCAUGGCACAGGCGGCCGCCUCCUCGCAGCAGGGAAAAGGACCCGUCGCCAACCUGGUGGAGCUGCAGCGGCAGGCGGCAGACCUCCACCGUCAGUAUCUGCUCGACAUGAUCCCCAGUCCGCAGGCCGCCGCCGCUGCCGCCGCAGGCCGCUCCUCCCACAACCCGCACGCUCACUCGCUCAACAACUGGAAAACGUCGUGAUCCCCAUCUCCACUUCACAUAAAUAGUCAACUAAAUCCAUUAAAUAAAACCUUUCGUGAAUAACAAUACAGGUGAUCCAAGUUGUCCUUAAUUUGAUAACUAGUGAUUACAAUUGAAAAACUCCAAAUCAAACCUUGCGUGAGUAACAUUACAUUACUGUAUCAUUGUUUUACAUAAAGUAUAAAGUGUACUCAAUCCUUACUUUACAUGAAGAAUAUAGGCGGAUACCUAUAUUAGGUCGAUUGAUUAAAAGCUAGCAAUUGCUAGUUCUAGUUAUUUUCAAACAAAUGCUUGAAUUCGAGUCAGCUGUAUAAUAUUAUUUGUAUAGCUAGAACUAAUAGCUAGGUGCUAGUCACUAGAUUCUAGUUUUUAUUCAAUUAACCCAAUUGAAUAAAAGCUAGCAAUUGCUAAUUCCAAGUCCUUUCCAAGCAAAUACUUGGAUUCGAGUCAUCUGUAUAAUCUUAUUUGUAUAGCUGGAACUAAUAGCUAGUUGCUAGUCACUAGAUCCUAGUCUUUAUUCAAUCGACCAUUAUAUCAUCAGUAUCAGUACAGUCAUGUGCCCUGUUCUGUGAAAAUAUCAUUCUAUAACUUGUAAUGGAACUACAGUAUUCUUACUUGCUCUGAGUGGGAAUAGUCCCACUAGAACUCAUUAAAAGAAGAUUUGCACCAAACUGGACGCGGACACUGAUUAUCUUAUUAUGUGGGAAUCCGCCUUCAAGUGUACUUCAUCAUUACUUUACACAGAGAGUAAAGUAUUCUUAUUGUAAUAAUUUUAGUUCUUGCAAUUACUUCUCAUGAAUAAUACUAAACCGUGAUCACUCUACAGACUUUGAUAUAUUUCCGUUUUAAUUUUCAUUGAAAUUCUUGAUGUACAAAUAGUAAAUACGUCGUUUUUACAAUUUUCAAAACAACAUAAUAUUAUAAAAUCCUCGUUAUCCCCAAAAACAAAGGACAAUUUGAACAUAGCAUUCCAGGAUCAAGCGAUAUGAAUAUCACAUACUUCGAAUUCAAGACGCACCUUCUAAGUAACAUUCAUUAUAAAAGUAGUGAUAAUUCAUAUUCAAUAAAAUGAAUUGAAUUGAAGACACAUCCCGAUUUUGGAGUCAAGAAAAUGGUGUACUUUAAAUAAUUCAUGGUAAUACGGUGUAUCAAACGGUGUAUAAAUCACACGAAUAUACUAAAAGUAUAUUAUAUUUAUAAGGUAUUUUUUAAUUGAUUUUUCUCAUUGCUAUCAAUUCAUCAUCAGUUAAAAAAGCCCUCAGUCUCCUCUCCAAAACUGUCUCCGACAGACUUGUGGCUGAAACUGGCAGCUUGUCUACAAUUUCUACUGGCUGGUAGAUGAGGCUGUCCUAGGUCUUCCUUGUCUACGAUAUGGGAGGUCCAGCUUCAGCCAACCAACCAUGGUGUCCAACCCCAUGGUUAGGGUGAACAAUUCUCAAGUACCCCUUUUUAUGUUUUAUUAAAUCACUUCAUAUAAAGUGAUAUUAAUCCUAUAAGUGAUAUUAAGUGGUAAAUUAAUAAAACAUUAAAAAGAGUACUUGAGAAUUCAUUUUUCAUCUCAGCUCUGAUAUUCAUACAAAGUCAAAAUAUUUAAUAAAAUAUACUAUUUCAAUAGUGCACUAGACUCUCAUUGAAACAAGGCUCCCCUGGCAUUCUAAAACGUGACAUAAACACUAAGAGGGUCUAAUUAAUGGAAUAUUUUUGACUAGUGUAUUUUGGGAGAGUUAUAAUAAUAUUCAUUAAACGGGCACUGAAAUGAAGAGUUUUCACCAAUUUUUGUACAGUACAUUGUAGAGUUUUUUCUAUAAUUGUGGAAAACUCUGAAUUACACGGAGGAGAGUUUUGUACUCUGUUCUACUAUUACUGUUCGCAAGUAGAAAUUUAAUAUCAAAUGACCAGGCUGUUUCAGGACGGGUGUCAGAGCUCUUCAAGUCACACCUGAUUAGUUACGAAAAUAAUUGAGAGACAAUAAUUAUUUCUUACUACGUCUCAUGGAUUGGAUUCAUUUCCUUCUUGUCAGAAAAUUAUAAAAGUCUGCUAAAAGUUGGAUGUGAAUUUUAUUAAUUAAUUUAAAUGCCCUUCAGACCUCCCUGAGGACAGCAUUACCGUUUGGAAGAUGUGGCCAUUAAUGGUGGUCAGUAACUGUCCACUGGUGGUCAGUAAAUGGGACGAACCACUGGUUGCUUCAACUGAAGCAGUGGGCCUAGUGUCGAUUCUAUAUUUCUGAAUGCAUUUAUUGAAUCAGGUGAAAUAGUUUGCUUGCUGACAGAUCUUUUGAUGACUGUGAUGCUAUCGAUAAAUUUAUGGUGACCUUUUUAAUCUUUUAUUGCUGUUUGUUGUCUUCAACAGGAUAUCUGAGAACUGUAUUGUAUAUAAUAUAUUAUUCACUUCACUUGAAAAUGAAUCUGCUAGACAAGCAGGCUUUAUCAUAAUCCACUAACAGAUUUUGUUUUGAAUGAACUUGUUUACUCAACGGUUUGUAACAAGAUAUUCUAAACGAAAUAAAUAUUGUCUUUUCUCAUUUAUAUUUUGGUUAUUAGGAUUAUUUUUGUAAAUUUUGAAAAGUUAUGAUACAUGGUUAAUAGUUAGAAGGAUUUUGAUUAUUGAUUUUGGAACUAAGCAUGUAUUUUACAAUCUUCAUGUUAAUAAAGUGAAAAAUUUGGAAUUUUUGGAAAAAUCUAUUGAUUUCCAGAGUGUGAUUUGAUUUAUUCAAUAAACUCAACUAGCUAUUGAUUUCAGCCCACUAAAGCAAUGUGAUUUUUCAUUUGAUCAAAUACGUAAUAAUUAGAUAAUCAAUGUCGAAUUGUAAUAUUUAAAUGAGUGUUCCACUCAAUGUUGAAUGGUUAUUGAAUUUCAUGAUUGAUUGCUAAAUCUAUUGAAAAUGCAAUAUAUAUCUCGCUCUUUAGAAAAUUCAUUGCUUUUUUUAGAUAUGUGAAUAACGUUAUUUGAUAUUACCGAAUAGUUAAUAACUGUUGUAGUUAUAAUGUUUUCAUUGAUUAAAAAUGUGUUAUUACAAUCUCAAUUUUAUUCAAGAGGAUAUAUUAUCUCUACACUGAAUUUCAUAUUGUAGGAAUUGAGAGAAAUAUCCAGCAAUUUAAAAUCGAAACGGUCGCACAAGUUUGACUGCGAUUUGUAAGUAUUUCCUGUAUAUCAUCAAUUUCCUAGAACCCACAGAUUUUCAACGAAUUAACUUGUUUUACAGCUUGAAAAUUGAAAUUAUUCUUUUCUCAUUUUUAUUACUCCAAUGCCCACUAUAUGUUUUUCACUUCACAGUUUCAAAAUACUGUAAUUUAUAUAUUUUUGUUAGCUUUAGUAUGUGUCCUACACCUAUAAAGACUGUGUACUAUAAAAUAAUAACUAUUCUAGAAUUAAGUUCUGAAAAUCUUUUAUAGAAUUUUGCACCUGUUAGUAAAUUGUGUUAGUAGUUUAUGAAUUUAAUAUUCAGUUGAUAUGAAUACUUUUUUAACGAUUUUUUAAAUGGUUCCGAAACAUGAUCAUUUUUAAACCUCUGACCCAUUCUCGUCAUAGUCGCACAAUCACUUAGUUGUACAACAAAUUACAGUACAUUCAUUAUUUGAACUUGCUCAUGAUCAUACGUGGUACUUAAUAGAUGGUUAUUGAAUUAUUCUUCAAUUUCAGUAUCACUUUAAUAUUUUAUUGUUUGCAAUAUUAGAUAUGCCAUACAACUUUCAAUAGAUAUAACGUAUUAUAGUCGUCUCACUGUAAUUAUUGUCAUAGUACAUUUUUUAUUACAACAGUCAUAAAUUCCAUCUACAAUUAUUUAUUCAACAUCAAGAUCCCUCGAGAUAUUAAUCGAUUCGGAUAAAAUGCUCUGUUCUCAGUCAAUCCUAAGUGUGUUUGUUAUAUAAUAUGAGAUAAGUAGGUAGCUCAAAUUAUUUUUAGCAGUAGAGAUGAAGCUAAAGAUAGGCGAAUAUGUAGAUUUUAAAUUCUGUUGUAGUCUAUUUUAGGUGUUUACUGUUCGUCCGACUUUUGAUGGGCUAGUUGAUGUAAUAUUACUAUGUCAUUGCGUUGUUCGUUUUAAUUGUUGUCCAAUUGUUGUCAUCUGGUUGAAAGUUUGCAUUUAAAUCUACUAAGAAUUUAUCAAUUUAAAAAUGUAUUAUCAUAUUGAGCUCUUAAUUGGGUACCGUAGUGUUGUUUUUUGAACAUAUCAAUCACAUUAAUGAUCAAUUUUGCUUCAAUCUUCUCGUUGAGAAAACGCUGUUUAACCAAAUUAUUGAUUGCAUUAGGCCCACACUUAUCUUUCCUAUCUCAGUUUUAAGUUCCUUGUAUAGUAAAAAAGCUUAUAAAAGUAAAUUAGCUGUUUUCAACAAUUUGGUUGAAAAUUUUUCAUUUAUUUGAAGUGAACCAAUAGUUGUUGAGGAAAUUUGAUAGUAAAAAUGAAGUGUGUCUGAAAUUCUUUAUUCUUGAAUUUAAAAUGUUGUGAUGAUCUGCAAUAAGUAACUAGUUUUUAUAACUAAGUCAGAAUAAAUAUUAUUUGAUUCAUACCCAUUCAAGGUAUGAGUUUGAAUAGAAAAUCUGAGCUUUUAAUUGUAAAUAUAUGAGUAUUUUAAUCGGUGCUCUACAGUCUUAGUUUAAUUCUUCUAGCUUUUAUAAAUUGAGUAUGUGGUUUUGUAUAUAAGUUUUGUCAAAGUGUUCAUUACUGAAUAAAAGAGAUUCUUGAA